AUGCACAGACACAGACUGCAUGCGCUGCCUCUGCAGGGGCCCCCUGACCCUCUUUUAGUUCCUCUGAAGCCCGCGGGGGGCCCCUCGAGGCGCAGCAGGCAGGGCUCCUCUGCUGCUGCUGAAAAGCAGCAGCAGCAGCAGCAGCAGCAGCAGCAGGAGCCGCAGCAGCUGCUGCUCACCUGCUGCAUAUACCCCAACAGCAGGUCAAGGCCGCCCCUCUUCAGGGGGGCCCCUCAAAGGGAUUCCCACAGAAGCGCCUCUCGCGAGCAGCAGCAAAAGCAGCAACAAAAGAGGCAGCAGCAGCAGCAGCAGCAGCAGCAGCAGCAAAAGCCUUUAGCCCACUACAGCUGGCAGCUUCCCGUAGCUGCGCUACGCGACGGCUCCGUCUCGAGGGGUUUAGAAGCAGCAGCAGCAGCAGCUGCUGCUGCUAGCUGCUGCACAUGCAACGGGCCCUGCAGCGGCGCGGGGGCCCCCAUGGGGGCCCCCCUGGGGGCCCCCCUGGGGGCCCCCUUGGGGGCCCCCAGCGAACUGUCUGGUGCAUACGCAGCAAGCCACCUAGCAGCACGGGGCCCCUCCACCCCCUGCCUUCUUCCGUCUUCGGGGGCCCCCCCUUGUCAGUACCCUUUUGGCGUUGAGCCUAUGAGGCCCCUUAUGGGGGCCCCCGUGGGGGCCCCCGUGGGGCCCCCCGUGGGGGCCCCCGUGGGGGCCCCUGUGGGGGCCCCCGGUGGGGCUCCCCUGGGGGCCCCCGUGGGGGCCCCCGUGGGGGGCCCCGUAGGGGCCCCUGUGGGGGCCCCUGUAGGGGCUCCCGUGGGGGCCCCCGUGGGGGCCCCCGUGGGGGCCCCUGUGGGGGGCCCCCUGUGCAGCAGUGGGUCUGUUGGUGGGCUGCCUCUUUUGCCUUACGGGGCUUCUCCAGUGUCUUCGUUAUUUUCGAUAUCGGGUUUGGUGCCUCCUGCUGCAGCAGCGAGCGCUGCAGCAGCAGCAGCAGCAGCAGCGGGUCUGCCGCCGGCCGCAGCAGCAGCAGCAGCAGCAGCAGCAGCAGGAACUCUGCGGCAGCAGCAGCGGCUCUCCGAACUCCCCGCCCCCCCCCCAGGCCACCCCUUGCCUUGCAUAGUUUAUUCUCCCAAACUAAGAAGUAUAAUAGUUCAUUUUUCGCUGCCUCCUCUGUGCAGUUUGCUGCAGGGGGCCCCCCGGGGGGCCCCCAGCCCCCAGUUUCUUAGGGCCCUCCGCAGCCGCUCGUACCCUAUUCCAGGGGGCACUUACUGCCGCCUCUUCAGCAGCAAAAGGUACGGGAGGCCCUUAGCUGAGGCCCUGGCUUUGCAGUUUGUGGCUCGCUUGCAGGCGGAGCUGCAGGGGGCCCCUGCUGCUGCUGCUGCUGCUGCUGCUGCAGCAAGCAGCAGCAAAAACGCAGGCAAAGAGCAAGCAGCAGCAGCUCACGCGGCUAACCAGCAGCAGCAGGGGGGCCCCAGGGGCCCCAGCCGAGCAGCAGAAGCCAAGGCAGCAGAUAAAGAGGCCCACAGGAAGGCGCAUGCAGCGCCUGCUGCUGCUGCUGCUGCAGCAGCAGCAGCAGCAGCAGCAGAUAAGACUUCAACUGGGAAAGCAGCAAAUGGAGGGAAGCAACACACAGAAGCUCCCAGCAGCGCCCAGCAGCAAAUGCCUGAACAGCUGCGCGAGGCAGCGGACGCCCCGAGCCCUCAUGCUGCAGCAGCAGCAGCAGCAGCAGCUGCUGCUGCUGCUGUUGCUGCUGCGGCUCCUGACCACGCUGCUGCUGCCGACGCUGCUGCUGCAGCUGUGGCUCCCCAGAAGAGGCCAAGGGGGCGUCCACGAAUUUGCGGAGGUGACGCUGCUGCUGCUGCUGCUGCUCAGCAACUUGCAGGCGAAGAGCAGCAGCAGCAGCAGCAACAGCAGCAGCAGCAACAGCAGCAGCAGCAACAGGUCACAGACCCCGAAGAAGGCGCCGCAGAGACGGAAAAGGCGUGGCAGCAGCAGCGCGGGCGAAAGAGGCAUAGACUGAGCGACAGCAGCAGCAGCAACUGCAGCAGCAGCAGCAACUGCAGCAGCAGCAGCAGCACCCACAGCAGCAGCAGCAGCCUCGAGAUGCCUGCGCGACGCGGUAGGCCCCUGCAGCAGCAGGGGCUGCUGCAGGUCUCUGUGGGUCCCAGCAGCAGCAGCAAGCGCAGCAGCAGCAACAGCAGCAGCAGCAGCAGCGCCACUGCCGAGGACUGGUUGCCUCCAGCAGGAAAUAUCACAAUAAAGAUCAGCAGCAGCAGCAGCAGCAGCAGCAGCAGCAGUCCAGCUGCUGAAAAAGCCCCCAAGAGGCCCCAGCGAGCUGCUGCUGCUGCUGCUUCCCGCCUAUUCCAACUAGACCAUGACCACGGAGAGCAGCAGGAGACUCAGAGGCAGGAGCAGCAGCAGCAGCAGCAGCAGCAGCAGCAGCGACAGCCGCAGCAGCAGCAAGUAGAGGAGGAAGACGACGAGAAGCAGCAGGAGGACACGGACCAGCAGCAGCAGCAGCAGCAGCAGCAGCAGCAGCAGCAGCACAGGAAGCAGAAGCAGCGGCAGCAACGCAAGCCUAGUGGGCCGCUGAAGCUAAAGGGUCGGCUGCCAGCAGCCGCUCAGACCCCACAACAGCAGUGA